AUGGCAAGCGACGCUCCUGAAGUUAAGGCCCCUAAGGCCAAGACUCAGAAGAAGCCCAAGACGGCUCCUACCCACCCACCAUACAUUCAGAUGGUUACGGACGCCAUCCUCAGCCUUAAGGAGCGCGACGGGUCCUCCCUUCCGGCCCUCAAGAAGUUCAUUGAGGCGAAAUACGGGAAGGACAUUCACGACAAGAAGUUCCCGAAGACGCUGUCUCUGGCGCUGAAGACGUUCGUCAAGAACGGCAAGCUCGUGAAGGUCAAGAACAGCUACAAGCUCUCUGACGCCCAGAAGAGCAAGGCAAAGGCCGCGGCUAAACCCAAGGCUGCCCCUAAGAAGGCCGCUGCACCCAAGAAGGCAGCUGCGCCGAAGAAGGCGAAGGCCCCCAAGAAGGAGGGCGAGAAGAAGGCCGUCAAGCCCAAGUCGGAGAAGAAGGCAGCUAAGCCGAAGACCGAGAAAAAACCUAAGGCCGCGAAGAAGCCCAAGGCAGCAAAGAAGCCGGCCGCCAAGAAGCCCGCGGCGAAGAAGCCAGCUGCUAAGAAGGCCACCCCCAAGAAGGCUGCUGCCCCCAAGAAGGCUGCUGCGCCGAAGAAGGCCAAGGCCGCCACCCCCAAGAAGGCCAAGGCUGCGACGCCCAAGAAGGCCAAGGCUGCCGCUAAGCCGAAGGCCGCUGCCAAGCCGAAGGCUGCCGCUAAGCCGAAGGCCAAGGCCGCCAAGAAGGCUUAAGGUCCCAGCUGACUCUUGACUGCAGUCUAUGUUUUCCCCUCGAUACCCGUUGGUAUCUAACCGGUGUUUUUCAACACCACCUGCCUUGUGCGAAUUCGUCCCCCCUGGCAACGCCAUCCGCAUGCACACUCGCUGUUUCACCCUGCACCAAACUCUAGUCCAACAUUCGAAUAUCACCUUCAUCACCCGGGGGCACAGGUUUCGCCGGCGUGCAUAUUGCCCAUUACUCAUGCCUGUGUUUUUGUGGUCACACGCAGCCUAACG